AAAAAAGAUUUGGAACAGUGACGGUUUCGUUGCAAAAUCUAUUCUUUGUCAGAUGGAUGCCUAAAGCCAGUGUUUGUAGAUUAGAUCUCCAGUGGAAGAAGAGAUGUCUACAUUAUUCGCUUAUGAAAAAAACAGAUCUGACAACCCUUUCUACGAUGUACCAGAACCCAGAGCAUUUUACCAUCCUACCUUACCAAAAAAUCUCACUAAGAAAACACAAGGAAUUUCUCUAAGUCCAGAGAGAGUGAAAUCCCAUCUCAAGGCAAAUGAAGAUCUGCGGCAUGGGAAAGGGAAGGAACUGAGCCCUGGAGAGAAGGGGUUUCUGUCUGGAUCAAACACCAUGCUUGCAAAGGAAUUACCGACUCAUGACACUCCAAGCCCAGGACCUGCUGAUACGUCUUCCAAGUUUGAUGAGUCUUGGCCUGCUAGUGAACGCCCAUCAACGAUCGAGAGCCCUGGUGAUGCUCAGAAUGUUUCCUCUACCUCAGCUGCUACUAGCCAUGUCUCUGGGUCAGGAGUAUCACCACAUACAUUUGAUCCAACGACAAACACCAGCAGGCAAAACUCAAAGCAAGACUCUGACAGUACUCUAGCCAGACUCAUAGGCCGCUUUCGGUACGGCACUCCCCAGAGCAGGGAAGAGAGGGCGCAGCAUUCAACUCCCGGUAGCAAGGACUUCUGGUGGCUGUUUUCCUCAUCUUCAUCUCCCCCGCUUCCAUCUCAUCAACUAUCGUCAUCCUCAAUCUCUGGUCAUGCCACCAUCGAGACCACACCCAUCCGAGGAACCGGUCUUGUUGGUGGUGUGAGGGGGAUACAAGGGGCUCGAAGGGGUACAGGCAGUGGAAGCGGAAGAGCAAGGGGUGCAGGAAGGGGUGCAUCAAGGGUACCAACCUGGUCUGGAGUUUCUAAGAGUGGAGUCUCAUCUCUAAGUAGCAGUAGAAGAGUGAGCGGUGUCUCAACUCUUACCUCAUCAUCAAGCAGUUCACUGAAGACCCAUUCUUCUGGUACCGAUAAGGAGACAGACGAGAUUCAGAGAAGAGCUGAAAAGCUCCUUGAAAUAAGUGAUAGGACUAUUCUCAGUGAGCCAGCAGUGAGUUCUGAUGGGGUAGGAUCAUUCUCCACUAGCUCCCCUGUCACAGAUGAAAACACGCCCUCUUCAGGCAGCGAGGCGUAUACAUCAAGAUAUCAUGACAAAGAGAAUCUGCCAAGACCCCCGCUGUUCCCAGCUAACCUCAGCUACACAGAGCGUCCUCAGGGUCUCGAGGAAGACAUUCUACAACAAUGGCGCAUGAGACGCAGGAUGGAGCAGGCUAAGGAGGGAGCUCUUUAUAAAGUGUCGGGUCAAAGGUCGCAAAUCCCACUCAGACAGACCCAGCAAGAGAAUGUCAGAACGAGAGAUGGAACUGAAGGAGACUCAAGGCUUGCAGACUUUCGUCGUCGGUUGGAACAGCAGAGGCUCCUGACAGAAGCGAGAGAUGCAAGCAACGUUCCGCAGGUGCCUGUGAUAGAUGCAACCACAACCCACACUGGAACAGAUCCCAUCCCACAAUCCAUUGCUACACAGACAGGAAGAGGGGUGCCAUCUUGUGACCAGACGGGUAGCAGAUCUCUUUCUUCUGGUCAAACAGCAUGUCUCUUACAGGAAAGAACUUCGACAAGUGACACCAUGCAGGGAGAAGAUGAAGAAUUUUCAAAUCAACGAGUAUAUCCAGUAGCGAGCCCUAAUAUUCAAGAUGUUAGAACCCAUAGGGGACAUGAACUUGAAAGAUUACCCAAUAUUACCCCUCAUUUGCAUAUGUCCUGUGAUAUUCUGCCCUGUGAUAAGAGAGGUCCCCAUGUGCAUUCAGCGAGAGAUGUGGUAGACAAAGUAAAAUUUGUUGGACAUGGGAAAAUGCACCAUCAUCAAACAGAAACAGACCAUGAACACGCUUUUAGUGAUGACCAUCUCGAAAGAGACUCAGUGGUUAGAAAUAAUGCAUCAGAAAAUUUGCCUCACAGACAGACAGUGUUGCCUGGUGAGAAUCAAAGAGCGACUAGUGAGGACAACAGAUUGUUUAGUUUACCAAAGCAAUCUCACCUUCAAGAAAAAAGACACAAAUAUGGGCCUGAAACAAGGACAAAUGAAGCAGAGUUUACUUCUCCAAGAUCAGAGGGACAUCAUGUUGGUGAUGAUAUCAAAGGAGAAGACAGAAUUUAUCAAUAUGAUGCAGCAAGAAAGGGUUAUAGAACAUUAUCAUCAAAUGAUAUUCCAGGGAGAGGAACAAUACUUGACCCUGAACUACAGACAGCUGCAGAAGAUGCAAGAACAGCUCGUCAGCCUCAACCAUCACCUACUAGAACAAGAACUCUGGAGGAUACACCGGAGUACUCAACUGCUGCCAUCACUAUACAAGGAAUAGAUGCAAGCCCUGUUGCUAGGCAACAACAAAGAACAGAUGAUGCAGAUAAUGGAGAAGGAGCAAAACGUCAGUUACACUUUAGCUCCUCCUCGUCUAUCAACAGUGCCAUUGGACAAGUAAGUGUCAUCUGUAACAGGAUGUUUAGUUCCCCAGUAGGUCGAAGGUCACAACCUCCCAGUCAAAGGUCAACUCCCUCCAGCAUUAGAUCAUCUGCAUUGAGUCAAGAUACUUUGAUGUUUACUCCACCAAUGGGUGACAGGGUUCCCCCAAGAGAGAGAAUUUCAAGAGACAACAUUUCAGAGCCUACUGAUCCCAGAACCAUUGACUCCGCGUCUGGAGCUAGCUCUGACAGCGAAGAGUUCAAGGACGAUGAAAUGCUUGAAGUCCUUCGCAAGCAGAGAGAAGAAUGCAUACGGCAGCUUAACCAUCUAGAUAACCUGCUUCCUCACACAAGUAAAGAUUAACCCUUUAAAGCUCGUCGUUUAUCUGUGCAGCUUUUAUUAAAAUGCAUUGUAAGGACCAGUCGUAGUACAGUGUAACGAGUAAAGAUAAACUCUUAAAACCUUAUCAUUGUGUUUUCUGUGCAGCUUUUAUUGAAAUUCAUGAAAAGGAGUACAUUUGCUAUAGGUCUGUCAUGCAGUGCACUCGGUGCAGUGCAAAGAUAAAAUGAUUCUUUGAAAGAAAUGGAUUCAUCAAUGAAUCAGAAAAUAUUUCGGGCACAGUCCUUUAAAACAGAAAUACAGACAAACUAUACAAAAUAUAAACAUUACUGAUCAAUAGAAAAUGAGCCUCCACUAGAGUUUUAUCCUCAUGUGAUGAAAUAAAGUUGAAGAUCCUCUAUAAGCACAAUAUUAAUUAUCUUUGUUGUCUGCAACUAUACCACAAUGAAUUGAUUAGUUUAGGAUUCGAUAUUCCCAGAUACAACUCAACUGCACUUAGAUGUAUAAAUAACCUUUAAGUCGCCCAGGAUUUACAAUGCAAGAACUUUUUGCUACAUACAUUUUAUUUUUUCCCUCCAAAGUCAAUUAUUCUUGUAGUCUAUAUUAGAAAAUGCUGAUCUUAUUCAGAGUGAAAUGGUGCAAUGGUGUAGAAAUUCUAUGGAUGCAAACCUGCAGUUAAAGUAAUAAUCAUUAACAUCAAUAUGUAUAAGUUACAAAGCCCUCAAGAUUUGAAACUAAUGUCACAUUAUCAAGCACCACCAUUAUGCAGGAAAACAUUUUAGAUUUAAUUUGAUUGUACAUCUUAAAGCUACAGGUUACAAUUACAGAUGAUGUGUAUUCAAAUAGAUAGAAAGAGGCUAUUGUUAAAUUACAAGUCAACAUGUAUCAUUCAAUGUUUUGAAAUGUAUGAUUGUCCAACACGCACUAUACACACAUGUAUUAGUUAGCAGCGAAUUAUAAUUAAAGUGCUACUCAUAGAAAUAUAGUGUUUGUCAUCUUUGUACAGUGUUGCUUACAAUCUGAUCCUAUAGAUGGUAGUAUUUAUAGGCUAGAGUAGAUGUAAUAAAUUUCAAGCCAUGUACAUCAAAGUUUUAAUACAGCAUAAUAUCAAUAUAAAGUGCAUACUGAACUUCCACAGAACAGCAGGUUGUGAUAUCUUACUACAAAUAUUAAAGUUCCUCAAAAUAUGAAACUUUAAAGUUUAGUAACUUCAAGUAAUUUCAAAAUUCAUUUGUGAUGAUACAAUACUAGAAUCUCUCCAUCUAUUCAUAUUUUUCUUUCUUAUUUGCAAUAUCAUAGUAAAUUCUAUAUUAUUAUAACAAUGUGCAGUUUGAUGACAAUACCUUCUUUUGAUAAGUGUGUCCAGUUAGAAUUAAGUUCAAAGAAAUUAAAUAUUUUCUAAGCAAUAGCAUGCAUAUGUACAGUAAGAAAAACAAAUCCUUUUAAUGAACAUUUACUCUUAGUCUCAUCACAUGAAAAAAACUAUGUAUAUACUCAAACAUACUGAAGAAGUUCAACAACUGCUGGCCACUUGAAACAGUAGCUGUUUGAGAGGGUACAAGUAUACUAUGACAUUUCUCAUGGAUGGAGCAAUUAUCAAGGAUUGACAAAAUCCCAUUAUUAUUAUUUUUGUCGUUGCUACAUUUAUUUGGUACUUGCUUUCAGAUGAAAUAUUUGACAGAUCUCUUUCGACCAUUCUUGAAACAUGAAUUUUCAUUUAAACAUCAUCAUUAUAUACAUGUUUAUGUACAUCAAACCUUUAUUUUGAAUAAUCAUUGUUAUAUAAAGUAUUAAAGAUAGCAUAUGCACAAACAGGAACUUUGUUAAAUUCUAUUACUUUUAAUAUUUGUGCAAGCUUUAUAUAGAUUCAGGUGAAAGAAAAUUAUGCACAUUGUAUAUACUCAAACAUGCUAUAGAGGUCCAAGAACUACUGGCCACUAUAAACAGUAGAUAUAUGAAAGGGUACAAGUAUACUUUGAAAUGCCUCAUGGAUUGAGCAAUUAUCGACUUUUUUAAACAGAAUGUUUGAUUUACAAAGCCCCAUUUCUUUUCUUAUUCAUUUUUUUUCUUCUUUGCUACAUUUCUGUGGUAGUUGCUUUCAGAUGAAAUAUUUGACAGAUCUCCAACAAUUCUUGAAACCUUAUAUAUAUAUAAACAUGUAUAUCUAUACUUUUUUGGAAUUAUCAUUGUUACACAAAAUAGUAAAGAUAGUGUAUGAACAAACAGGAACUUUCUUAAAUUAUAUUACUGUUAAUAUCUUCGCAAGCCUCAUAUAGGUUCAGGUGAAAGAAAAGUAUGUACAUUGUAUAUACUUAAACAUGCUGAAGAGGUUUAACAACCGCUGGCUACUAUAAAUAGUAGCUGUUUAAGAGGGUUCAAGUAUACUUUUGAAUGUCUCAUGGAUUGAGCAAUUAUACACGUUUUUAAACAGAAUCAAGGAUUUACAAAGUCCGAUUAUUCUUCUUCUUUGCUACAUUUAUUUAGUAGUUCCUUUCUGAUGAAAUAUUUGACAGAUCUCCUUCGGCAAUUCUUGAAACAUUAUCAAGAUAUAUAUAAUUUUUACGAAUAAUCAUUGUCAUGCAAAGUAGUAAAGAUAGUGUAUGAACAAACAGGAACUUUGUUAAAUUCUAUUACUUUUAAUAUUUGGGCAAGCCUUAUAUAGAUUCAGGUAAUAAAUGUAAGUAUUUAUGAUAUGUAAAUCAAAA